AUGUCUAACUUGCCAAAGGAAAUGAAGGCAUUGAGGUACUCUAAGCCAGAAGAAUAUGGUAUUGUCACCGUCCCGCUCCCCAAGCUUCGCCCGAACGAUGUCUUGAUCAAAGUCAAGGCUUGUGGUGUGUGCGGUACAGAUCUCCAUAUCCAUGAGGGAGAGUUUAUUGCAAAGUUCCCACUGAUUCCCGGACACGAGACUGUUGGUGUAGUUGCUGCUAUUGGUGCCGAGGUCAGGGGCUUUACUGUCGGUGAACGCGUCGUUGCAGACAACUCCGAGUUGUGCAAUGAGUGCUUUUACUGCAGACGUGGGCAACUUCUCCUCUGCGAGCACUUCGAAGCUCAUGGUGUCACCAUGGAUGGAGGUUUCGCGGAAUACUGCGCCUACCCAGCUGGCAAGGUGUUCAAGAUCCACAACCUCUCAGACGUCGACGCCACUCUCCUUGAACCUGCCUCCUGCGCUGCACACGGUUUGGACAAAAUUGCUCCUAAGCUCGGUUCGUCUGUACUCAUGUUCGGAGCUGGUCCCACUGGAUUGGUAUUGGCUCAGAUGCUUCGUCAGAAUGGUGGAUGCCACGUCGUCGUUGCGGCGCCCCAAGGUCUCAAGAUGGAGCUCGCGAAGAAGCUCGGUGCUGGUGAUGAAUACAUAGAGCUCUCGCGCUCAGAGCCAGAGGUCCAGUUCCAGAAGCUCAAGGCCGACCACCCUUACGGUUUCGACAUCGUCGUUGAAGCGACCGGAUCACCAAAGAUUUUGGAAGAUGCUAUCAACUACGUCAGACGCGGAGGUAAGCUAGUCGUGUACGGUGUCUACUCCGCUUCUGCCCGCGUCUCUUGGCCACCAAGCAAGAUCUUCGGUGACGAGAUCACCAUCUUGGGCUCAUUCUCGGAGACCUACAUGUUCCCCGCCGCCAUCGACUACCUAGAUUCCGGCAAGGUCAAGGUGGAGGGAAUCGUCAACAAGACCUACAAGCUUGAGCAAUGGGGCGAGUGCUUGGAGGCUAUGAAGAACAAGACGGCCAUCAAGGCUGCUAUCGUUUUCGAGUAG